GCCUCAUCCAUCUACAUUUCAAACUCAGCUGCGGGAGCCUCAUGAAAUGGUACAGAAUUACCGUAGACGGGAUGGGUGCGGUUUACAUUGUUACCAUCGAGGUAUUUUGCUAGGUACGACGCUUACUUUACAAAAUAAAAGCAACUACACAUAGAUUGAUUCAAAGGGGAUCCGCCCAUGGGUUGAUCUUUGUUCUCCUGGGUACCAUCACGCUCUAGAAUCGUACUGCUCUUGAAUUCACUCAGAGAACUCUGGUUGCUUCCUGAGCAGUAUGCCUCGGACACUGCCAUGGCAGGUCGACGAGAAACCGAGGAAAAGCACUACUCCCACUGCGAGUAGCUCCAAACGGCAAUCCAGAUCGACGUCUUCAACAGCAUCGGGAUUGGGUAAUGUGCAAACCCCUACAAGAGGCGCGCCUCAGAUCGUGCGAACUCCUUCAACCUCUCCGCCAUGCGAAGUACCUCCUGUAGAGUUUAUGAAAGAAGGCUUAGAUAACGAUGAUCAGUAUAUUAUGGUCGAGGACGAAUUUCUAGCGACUGCACAGAGCUUCACUCGUCAUUUGCACCAUGCCGAAUAUGUGCGUAAGAAAAACGAGACAAAAAUCAAGAACGCCAAAGCAAUAAAAGCUUUAGUUCGACCUACGGGUGUGAAAAGUACUUUGAGUGCCGAAUCUCGCAAGAACAUGCAGUCCGAAGAAAACUCUUCCAGGCACAAGGCUGCUCUGAGUGAACUCAAAAGAAUUGCUGGUCGGCCCCCUGUCGACUCUGAGGUAGAGGAUGAGGGCAUCGAAAGUGAAGAGGAUAAAGAUGAUGAUCCUUGGGUAGGAACCUCGUUGCAGAAUUUGAUGACAUAUCAGAUGAAGCACAAGUCCUUGGUCGGCUUGCACAGGAUCAGAUCUACAACUCGGGCUGCAUUGGGUUUCUCGAAGGCGCCAGUUGGCUUAGCUGGAGGAAGUCGUAAAAGGGGCCAGGAUGGGCACCCCCAACCGACACCGGGAGCAGAGAUUCGCCCACAUGUCAUUGAUGAUGAAAGUACUACCGGCGACGACGAUGAUCUUGAUGCCCAGCCUCGGCGUUCGAAAUCAGUUCAGAUACCAACACCGAACCCAAGGCCUGCGACCAGUAGGAGUAACACCUACGCGACAGGUUCACUGUCUACAAAGACGAGAACACAAUCUGUAUCACGAUCUGACCCACAAGAAGGGAUAAACGUAUCACAUGAGCCUGGCGACUCGACGAGCCACCGACGAGCCGCUUUUGUUCCGCCAAAGCGGACAAGUAAAAUAAUGAGUUUAUUCGAUGACUCGGAAGAUGAAAAAUCAACGAAAAUAACGAAAAAUGAAGGCAACAAUAACAAAUCCCAAGUUCGCAAACUAUCACUAUCGGAAACCUCGCCAUAUAAACGCCAUGAAAAAGAUGGAAAAUCCAAAAAAUCCCGCCUCAAUGAAGUCCCGACAUUCUUAUUCUGAGGCGCGCAAGAAAGAAAAGUUCGUCCUCGAAAAGUCAUGAUACAUGGAAAUAUGUAUCAAAUGUCGUUGGUCCAACCAUGGACCCAAAUCUUCACCUGGAUAAAAAAUCCUAUAUUCGUAGGUUCUCGUCAACGGCAACAAUAGUUUAUAUGCUCUGCCGCAGCAGUCUCAACCGGACCACAUCCGUAUUUUCGGUUAGCUUUUCCUUCAACAUCUUGGCUUCGUGGUAAAGCUUUUCUCGCUUCGAAACACGAUAAAGGGCGCUGGAGUCACUGGGAGUUUCGUCCGACAAAGCGUCUCUGUUCAGAAUACUUAGCAACAAUUUUAAGGAUCGGGUGCCAUGGGCUUAUUUGCAAAUAGCCAACUCAGCGGGACGACAUACUCCUUAUCAUAAUGGGGCAUCGUGAAUUCUACCCGCCGAAAAUCUGUUGGAGGACCCUGAGACGGAGACAACGAAUAUAAGCAUGAAACUAAACUGACCACUGCGCGCUGUGAAUACUCACAAUCACCAACCGCUUUGAGGUACUUUGCCGUCGUCGAUGGAUGGACUUGAUCCAUGGUACUAGACCCCCAAAACAGUCCAUAACUAUCCUUCUAGCCUCUUUGACAAAAUGGCACAGAAGCUAGGAGAUUGGAGGGCAAAAGCCUAACUCUACAACGGUGCUUUUUAGUGUUUUCGAUAGGAGGCGACUUUGAUAAUAUAAGAGCGGGAAGUUGGAAGGUGUGCGCGUGUGCUAUAGCGCGUUGUCGAGUUACUCAAACUCGCCCAGUAAAAUCACGGAACGAAGUAACAAUUCACGACCAAGGAAGAAGGGCGCAGGGACAGAAAUCGGACUAUGUGGUUCGGAGUUGCACAAUUCAACAGAACUUUAAUGGCACAAAGAAAAUAAAUAAAAUGUCGACAAAUUCAAAGUCGGUGUUUUCGAAUUAAAUCUAAAGGAGGCGGCAAGAAAGACAGAGCUGAGUGAUUUAAUCUCGGCAAGGCCUUGUAGUGUAUCAUCCAACAAAUGUUAAACUACAAUCAAUGCAAGCCUAAACUGCACGCAAAAACUGAAAAACUGAAAACCAAAAGAGAUUCAAAGGAAACGAAGAAGGUCCGAAGAGCGGAAUUUGCAUGAGAAAAAUAAAAAUAAAAAUGGGGAUGCUGAAACACAGACAAGGCGCGGCACGAAGCGCUACCCCCUCUCCAGGAUGAAUUAACUAAUAAUGAUUAUUAUGCUCACUCGUUUGCCCGCGCCGCAACUCCACCCCUGUAUGACCAAGCCCAGCCCAUAUGCUGACUGGGAACAGGCCAAAUAAAUUGUAUACGAUUUGGUCAAGUGAAGGGUCCAAUCUGAUUCUUCCCAAAGCGCCAGCGCGAGCGGGGUUUUACUCGUCGCAGUGCAGCCGUAACAUACUACUGUGCAAGAGGAACGGCGAGGGAGGUUUGUGUGUUCUAUGAUUGUCUUCGCGGCGGGGUUCUGGUUGGCUGACUGCGUCCCGCAUGAACUCGCCCGUCCCCCAACAACUGGGGCUGUUCAACCAACCAGCUCUGUUAGCUUUUUUUAGAUCGUUUGACAUCGAACAUGGAUGGUCAGAAGUCAGGUACAGGCUCCCGGGCGAGUGUGCUAGCAGUGGCAAUGGCAUGGCUGACACAAGGGAUGCAUGCAGCAUUGAUAAGAGACGCAAGCCUACCAAGGCUGUGCUUCCGGACGGACAUCAGGGAAGGAAGAGCGAGCCUUUGUUCACUCGCCGUGUUCAUCAGGCUUUCCGCUUUCCUUUUCAGUGCAACCGUGGAAUUGACGCAUCCGAAUUUCUGUGAUCCUAUGUACUCUAACUACUACACGGAGACAUAUAACUUAAUGAUUGGCGUGUUCCUGCACAUAACACUGCGCUGCGUAAUCGGACACACAAAAUGCCAAGGGAACUAAACCUGCGUCGAACACAGAUUAGAAGCUGACAGCCAUAUUGGGCGUGUUGACUUUCGAAGUUGAGCAUCACUCACCUCAACCAAGAGGCCCUCGCGUUUUUAACGGAAUCGGUCCCUGGUACUGAGAUAAUCGGCCCCGAAGCUUCCCUAGAUUAGCCGCUGUUUAGUGGACUGUCAGCAAAUAGGGCACUAACUAAGCGGCGGGGACCGAGAUUGUAGCGCUGUUAUCAAGGGGAAAUGUCAGAUUCUGGCGCAGAUAUGUUAUACAGAGUACGGAUUACAGAGUACCUGGUUCUCAGAUAAUAUAUCGAGUGGUUUCCGUCUCAAGCAUACCCCAGUUGGCCAAGAUUCCAGGCCACCCAGGUCUACUAAACGCAAGCAACUCCAGACAACUGUUGUCAUGGGGGUAUUCUCACCGCACCGGGAAUACUUGCACCAAGCACUCGCGUCAUUCUCCUAACAUAACAACUCUAGUUUUGUUGUCUGGUUAUGUCUGCCAUUCGUCUUUCGCCCUCCCCUCGGCAUGCGUUCUCGUUAUUCUCAAAUUUAUCGUCAGACAGACCUUCUAGGUUGGCUGGUGGUUUGAUAAUCUUGCCAUAAGCUAAUAUGCUGCUUAACUGAAUUCGACCCUUCGAGAGCUCGCCAAAGCCCUUCGCCUAUCCUGCCAAAAGCUUUAGUCCUGAAUUUCAAUUGAAGUAAAGCGAUGCAGGAGGUACCCUAUCAACGUGGCCAUGAAAAAUGCCCGUGCCCUGUGGGAUGUCAUUGCCAAAAAAUAGACUGCUGCGACCCAGACUAUUAAACUGAGGCCGGCAGGCUCGGCCAGUUGAGUGACUAGAUACCUUUCGAGCUUCGAAACAUGAUGUGGUUACCAGCUUACAGGCCAUAAAUGUUAGCUCUAGGAAGUUGAUAGAUGUGGCAUUGCCCCCUUCCGUUAUUUGACUCAGAAUGAUAUCUCAACACAAAAUCACUGAUGUUGGCGAAAUGAUAUAGGAACUUGCGGAUAUAAUCUAUAUCAACUUCUAGGAUUUAGGACAAUAGAUCAACCUUCAUUCCUCUUUCACGGAACAGUUGAGAUAUCGAGACUAAAGUGAAGGAGCCAGAUAACCGACUUUAUUAAAGAAUAGUACGAGUCAUAUGGAGGAGAAUGUUCAUCUACGAUUUUAAACCUACCAUCUUUCAAAACCAGUUAACAUGCCUCCGAAUAAGAGCUGUUUGCACACCAAGUUUUCACGCACAGAGCGAGUGGAUUUUUGGAGAUGGAUUCACCCCACGUUUGCCACGAAACCGAUCAUUAACACUGCGAACGGGUUUUUAUGCAACUCGUAGAGUGGUGCAUUCAUGCAUGCAUGCACAAUGCACAGGUGCUCCGUAACUGAAAGGGGGUAUUCUUUGGAAAGCCUGUUUGGCGCUAAAAGCAUACAUACACAUGUAAUGUACAUGUACAUGUACAUUCCAAAAAUAGCUUCCUAUCACCAGUGUUCCUAUGCCGCAUAUUACAUUCACCAUAGUUGGUUAAUUCCAUUAGAAAUGUUUUGGGUUAGUGAAACAUGAACCUAUUGCUAGGAUGAUAAAAGGGAAGCAGUUAUUUUGGGUAGUCCUUGAGAUGGAAACUCUUCAACUUGACAAAUUGAUCAAAGCCGAACCUGCUCAAUGUCACACCGCGCCCAGAGUUUUUCCAUCCCGUCCAUGCAAGGUCCUAUAAAGUUAUGUCAGAGGAUCAUACUUGAAGUUGAUGAGGCUUGGGGUGGAAUUAUUUGGAGAGGAGGAAAGGGGAUGAAUUUUCCUCUCUGCAAUUGCAAUCCACUUACAGGACUCGGGUAAUCUGCUCUGUUGACGAAGACAGUUCCUGCUUCGAUCUGCUGGAUCAAUUCUUCGGCUUUAGCAACGUCUUUUGUCCAAACACUCGCCGUCAGGCCCAGAUCGCUUUGAUUCAUUAACCGGAUCGCCUCAGCGUCAUCCCUGACUUUUGUGACAGGUAUAACUGGCCCAAAAGUUUCUUCCGCCAUCACUUGCAUGUUGUGGUUCACACCGGUUAACAGGGUGGGCUUGACAAAGUUUCCAGCCUUGGGAAGGUUGUCAAACGUCGAGUUCGAAGGCGUUUCAUCCACUGCCCCCUUUUUGAGGGCAUCGUCAAUCUGGGCUAAAAUGGCCUCCUUCGCUCGUUUCGAGAUUACCGGACCGAUCUGUGUCUUCUCGUCAAACGGAUCGCCCACACGGUAUUUGCUUAGGACUUUCUUGGCCUCUUGGACGAACGCAUCGUGGAUGGUCUCGUGAACGUAUACUCUUUCGAUUGCACAGCAGCUCUGGCCACUGUUGAAAAUCGCACCAUCAACAAUCUCUUCCGCUGCCCAUGCGAGAUCAACAUCACUGCGGACAUAUGCUGGGUCGUUUCCACCAAGCUCCAAGCCAACGUUCACAAUCCUGUCUGCAGCCGCCUUCUGGACAGCUAGACCCCCGGCGACAGACCCCGUGAAGCAGACGUGGUUGAUGAGAGGUGACCGAACAAUUGAUUCAAUGUCGGUAGGAGAACCGCAGUGGAAAUAUUGUAGAACAUCUUGUGGUAAACCAGCUUCAUUGAAAAUGGAAGCGAUUUGUUCCACCACUGUUGGCGUUUGUGGUGAGGGUUUCAAAAUAACGGCGUUUCCGGCAAGGAGGGCGGGAACCAGGCUGUUGACGAGGACCAGGUACGGGUACUAUAAAUAGGAUAGUUAGCAAGAGCAAAAGGCGACGGAGGCGAUAGAGCAUUGAUAUACUCGAUCAACAAAUGUAGCCGAUGGAAUAUAAGAAAAGGAUUGGGGCUUAACAAUGCGGGGUGGUGAAUUGUCACAUACGUUCCAUGGAAAGAUGAUUAGCACAACCCCAACCGGCUCUUUCUUAAUAUAUCUUUUAAACCCAGCCUCAGCCUCCGUAUCUAUGGUCCCUUCGUCUCCUAACACAGUGGAAGAAAUACGAUUCAAGUACUCGCCUCGUUUUAUCGCUGUUGCAAUCUCGCCGCCUGUGUAUGCGAUCGGGCGUCCCAUUUGCUCCGUCACCUCGCGAGCUAGGAUAUCCUUCUUCUUUGCAAGAAGUCCAAGAGCGCGGGCAACGAUUUCCUGGCGCUGACCUAGGGUAGUUGACCGUGAAAAGGAACGGAAGGCAUCCUGCCCCUUUUGGGGCAAUGAGGUAAGCUCUUGUUGAGAUACCCCUGGGCGGGUGAGGAUAGGAUCGUUGGUGAUCGGGGAAAUCGUCGUCAAAGUUUCUACAGACAUUUUCACUAUGGCUAGCGAGCUAGAUAUUAUUUUGAUAUGACCCUACCAAAUGUAUAAUGAACUUGGAGGUUUUGGGAGCGGCUUCAGUCUUGUUGAUACAUGGGCGGGGUUCGUGGCUCGCCGAUUAUUGAUAGUUCGCGGAGCCGGAAUGUGGACCAAGAUCGCGGGGACGAUAUAAACUUAGCCUAACCAAAGCAAACCGCGCAAGAUUUGUCAGAGGAAUCCCUUUCGGCAGAUCGGAAUAGUUUCCGUAUUGAUUUAUCAUGAUUUAUUCUGUGACACUAUCCUGAUGUACUCUGUAUAUGGAGCUGCUUUCGACAUUCGGAAGCGAGAGUAUCCAUCAUGUGACAUCAUGGUUGCUACCCAGGUAUCUUUAUGUAUGUACAGUACAUGUACAAGUCUGUUAUAACCUGAGUGAUAUACAGGACACUCACUCUGUAACCACUAACUCGAAUUAGGAAGGCAACUGAACCCAUCUGGG